AUGUUCGGCUUAACAUUCAGCUACAAAUAUCUCUUCUUCCUGCGCUCCGCGCAGCCCGCCGAACCCGUGCCACCCGGAUUACACCGGUACUGGCUUGAGACGCCGCGCGGCCCACUCGAGCUCCUCGCGGCCGAGCCAGAUAACGCGACCGGGCCAGCAAUCGUCUUCUGCCAUGGUGGUAUGGGCGGCGCAUGGGUCUGGACAGAAUACAUGACCUAUCUCAAGGAACGCGGGGUGCGAUGUUAUGCCAUCUCUCUUAGGGGGCAUGGUGAUUCAUGGUGUCCCAACUUCCUGCGUAUGGUGUAUGGGACAACGCGCGGCGACCUGGAACACGACCUCGUGACCGCCGUCAACUGGGUCGAGAAACACACGGGCGGCGAGGUCGUGUUAGCCGGCCACUCGAGCGGCGGCGGCCUCUCACAGGCCGUCCUGGCUGCCGGGAAAGUACGAGCCCGCGGACUCGCGCUCCUGGGUGCCGUGCCCGCCUUUGGAUCAAUGGGCGUGUAUAUGAACUGGGCUCGCAUUGACCCAUGGUUCUCCUUCCGCAUGCUCUUCCACCUCUGGCACCCCAACUCGCCCCUCUCAGACCCCUCCCUAACCCAGGCGGCAUUCUUUGGCUCAUCUUUCCCAGCUGAACGGGUCCCCGCAUUCCAGCACAGACUGAACCGCUUCGAGAGCUUCUGGUGGCCGCUGUCAAUGAUGCGGCCGUUCGCCCGCGCAGCCCAGAUCCUCGCCAACGUCUCGUCGCGCAAAGUCAUGGUCAUGGCGGGCGAGCAGGACGCGCUUAUGACUCCAGAUGUCACCCGCGCAACGACGGCGUAUUACCGCGCCGAGAGCGAGGACGUCGAGAUGGAACUGGUGGAGGGAGCAGGACACCACCUCCAGAACGACGUGCAGUGGGAAGAUGGGGCGGCGCGCCUCCUCAAAUGGUACCAAGCACUCUGA